AUGCUAGGUCGCAUGGGUAUGUCGACUGAGGAAGCCAUCAACGCAUACGAAAGUUUUGCAAAGUACGUUUUUCGAAAGAAGAACCGCAGGUGGUGGUGGAACAGAACUUAUAAAGAGGAAACACUCGUCAAGAUCAUACAAGACAAUGUAACCAAAAAGAAGCUCGCAAAGACCACGAUGCUCGACGACACGAGGGAAAAGGGGCUCACUUUUGUCUGCUCAGCCACGUAUGACGCCUACGCAGCCUACCUUUUCCGAACGUACAAAGGGAGCAGCAACUGCGCUCACAAUGUGGAAAUUUGGGAGGCGGCAAGGGCAACAUCAGCGGCACCGACAUUCUUCCACCCAAUCUCCAUUGAAGUCGAGGCGGAGAGGGACCAGUACAUCGACGGUGCCGUGACCUACAACAACCCGGCUCGCCUUGUGUUGAGUGAGGCCGAGUCCUACUUCGGCCCGAGGAGGACGUUGGGCUUUCUUCUCAGCUUGGGCACCGGACUUAAAGUCUCCGAUAAAAAAGUCAAUGUAGUUCCUCAAGGACAGCCUGUAGAUCGUCCAGUCGUGGCCAGAAAAGGCAGCGGCGCCCUCUUCUCAAGAGGCACGAUAAAGAUUCUCAAGCAUGCCAAAGCAUCGCUGACUGAUUCCGAGCCCGAGCACCAAGCCCUAGAGCAGCGUUUCCAGAAAACACCCUACGCAUAUUGGCGCUUGAAUUUGGACCGGGGUGCUGCAGAUAUCAAGCUGAAUGAAUAUAAGAAAAUGGGGCUGUUGCGGGCGGCAACGGAGAGGUACAUACAAGACGUUCAAGUCUCCGCCAAUAUCGACAAAAUCGUCAGCAUGUUAUACAAGAAGGAGGGUAUCAACCUGUCUCUUGAUGUCGCAUGCCAUGCGGUAUCCGAGGCAGCCUCGAAGCAAGCAGUUCAGCAAGAGGUUCGGAUCAACAGCGUUGCAAGCCCUCAAUUCACUGGUAGACUGGACAUACUCAGCAAGAUGGAGCGGCACUUUUACGAACGCCCCUCCGGUUCGUCGCCUAGAAGACACCUCCGAAUUUGGGGCAUGGGUGGAGUUGGGAAGACGCAAAUUGCCCUCAAAUUUAGAGACUUGUACGGUUCGAGAUUGGAUCGUGUGUUUUGGAUAAACGCCGCCACCGAAGAUUCUAUCUUUGAAAGCUUCAGAUCAUUAACAGCUGAGAUUUUCGGCGAAGAAGCUAGCAAGCCUAGCAUCAAGAGAGUUCAGAAUUGGUUGGCGCAAAAUCAAACUGAAGAGUGGCUUCUUGUCUUCGACAACAACGACACAAUCGACGUGAGCAACUUUCUUCCUCCGGGAAACACUGGAAAUAUCCUUUUCACCAGCAGACGGAAAGACAUGUCACCUAUCCUGGACGCCAACCAAACAAUCCCUAUUGACAUCAUGGACGCAGAAGAUGCAGUCACACUAUUCCUCCGCGCGUCGCAAAGGCAACAGGCAAAGUCAGAAGAUGAUGACGACAAGUACGGGCAGGAAAUCGUUCACGAGCUUGGAUAUCUCCCCUUGGCCAUCGACCAGGCCGGUUCUUUCGUUUGUAUUCAAGAGUGCUCAUUCAGAGACUACCUCGACAACUUCCGGAAACGCCGAAAAGACAUACUAGGGGACCCGCCUCUGUACCCAGGAGUAUUCGAGCACAAUCCAGCUGUAUACGGUACAUUCGAGCUCUCGUAUGAUGCAUUGAAAAUGCAGUCAGUGGGAAAAGGUCGGAAGGGCCAGGCUGCUCUGAAUGCCCUUCGCAUCCUCAACAUCUUCUGCUUCUACCACAAUGAGGACAUAACGACGUAUAUCCUCAGUAGAGCAGCCACCAAUAAACAGCUGGAGACGACUUUCAUAAGCGGUGAAGAGGGUAGCAUUGCGCCAGUUCCAUUGCUCGACCUCACAGAAGAAGGUGACUGGGAUUCGACAAAUUUCAAUGACGGGAUUGCGAUGUUGAGGAGCUACUCUUUGAUCAAGAACUCUCUCCUGAACGAUGAAUCGUACUCUAUGCAUGUUUUGGUACACUCUUGGGCUAGAGACCGAAUGAAGCCAGAAAUGCUGGUCUUCCAACGUAGAGCAGCCCGCGAGAUACUCUUCUUUUCCGUCGGGAGAAACAAUCGCCUCAUCGAAGAGCUCUUUGCCGGCCAGGUGCUGACACAUUUGCAGGCAUGUCUCGACCAUGGAGGCUCGGAGGAUAUCGAAUGGAUGAGACGAACGGAGCAAGAAGGCAAAUUCGCCCAAACACUUGCGUACCUGGGACUUUGGGACAAGGCCACCGCAGUUCUGGAGCAGAUCGUUGCCGACAGGCAAGAAAAAUUGGAUUGCAAUGACUGGGCAAACAUAGCGGCAUUGUGGGAUCUGGCUAAAGUGUAUCGCCUCUCUAGCAGGCUACGAGAGUCCGACAGAAUUUUCUGUUCGAUCUUAAAACUGCUUCCGGAAUGCCCUGACAGAACCAAAGUCACCAGGCAACAUUUCAACAUCGAAUUCGACUGGCUAGAGUUGCUUAUUAUCCAGGCAGGAUACUUGCAAGCCAAAAUCUUGCUAGAAACCAUUAUGAAGAUAGCAAAGCCACAGGGGUGGACAUCUAAAUGGUACCACCGCGGCUUGGCAACAUUAGCAACUAUCCUACGAAUAGAAGGCGAUACGGAGACGGCUGUCGCCCUGGAGAUGGAAGUUUACGAACACUGCAUCCGCGACGACGAAAUCGAACCGGGUCACCGCAACAUGAUGACCUCAAUGAACAAUCUUGCAGCACUGCAUUCGGAAUGGGGAAUGCAAGAAGAAGCGUACAAACUCUGGUGUCAUUUUCUAAGCAAUGAAGAACGCCUCAGAGGCAAAGAGAACCCAAUCACCCUGCAGUCGAAGCGAAACGUCGCCACAGGCUGUGCAAAUCUGAAACGUCUCGAGGAGGCCGAGGAAAUCUUACGCGAGGUUCUAGAGGUAAGCGAAAGGGUUCUCUGGAGAACGCAUCUUGAUACGCUGGCGACGAUGGAUCAGCUGGCGGGCGUUUUAGCCCGGCGCGGUAAGACGGAGGAGGCCACUCGGCUUUGGGAGGAAUGCCUCGAAAGUUGGGUGGGUAACCUUGACAAGCACCAUCCUCUUAUAAUGAGGACGACGAAAGUGCUAAAGAGAUUAAAGGAUGAUGAUGCUGUUCUUGGGAUGGAGGACUUCCAGGCUGGCGGCAUCAUGCGUCCAAGUGGAUGGAGAUUUUAUUCUGUCAAGUUGGAGCUAGAAUUCGACACGCCUGUACUCAAGGAGAUUGCCGCCAAAAGCUUGCUUUCCUGGAGAGAGAGGGUUGCACGAAACCAAGGGCCAUAG